AUGUCUUCAAGUGAAUCGUUAUUUAACUCACUAACAGAGGAAGAUAAAGAAUUAUUUAAUACUUACAAAGAAUCGAUCAAUGCUCGAAUUCGUGAAACAUUUCCAUUCAUACCUGUUGAUUAUGAUGUAAAACCAUUGAGUAUUCAUCAACAACUUGGUUGUGGUACAUUCUAUACUUAUAAGGUUGCAUUGCCUAAUGAUCAAAUUGCUGAAGUCGCUUUUCAUUUAGGUGGUAAACGAGCAACACCACUUGUUGGACCACCUCAUUUUGAAAUUACCAAAAGCAACUAA